GGAAUCCAACACAGUCUUGAAUUCUGCCGCGGAUUCCUGAUUCCAGGUUUUGGAUUCCAGUUUUUGACAGUGGAACUUGGAUUCUUGAUUCCAAUCGUUAGUGGGAUUCCGGAUUCCUUAAGCUGUAUUCCGGAUUCCAAAGCAAAGGAUUCUUGGUUUUACAAGCAAAAUUUUCCUGGAUUCGAGAUUCCACGAGCAAAAAUUUCCCAGAUUCCGGAAUCCGGAGUCCGUUACAUGAGGGUAUGUAAAUGUAAGUAAAAUGCCAAGAUAAUUUUGAUACCAUUCUUUGAUUCAUCCACAGUUAUCGCCCUCCAUCACGUACUAUCCGGCGGUUUCGUAUGGCCCUUGCAGAGUCAUUAGUGUUUGGCAUAGUAGCGAUGCUCGGAGUCUUGGCAGCGAUAUUUUUAGUGUCCGGCUGCGUGAACCGGCGACCUACGAAACUAUUUUCAAGGACCAGACAAUAUAAAGAGACAUGAAAUCACCGGUUUUUCUGUAAUUAUUUAAUCAAAAUGUUUUUAGACAUUUUUUUUGUGGAUUGCUGCUUUUUUGUUCUGCCGAGUGAAUGGAAUGGUUGGUUUUCGCUAGUGACUUAGGCAACUGCUUCAAGCGUAAGUUUUUAUUGAGAAGCUUGCAUGUAUGAAGUUAAAGCGAACGUCGACUCAUUCGCACAACCCUUCUGCUCGUGUUUAAUCUUGCGUCCAGGCCACUUUUGAUGCGAAAUAAGGAUUCCUAUUAUGGCUCUUGCGGAUUCUGAUAAUGCUUGUGUUUGUGCUGGAACUUGUUCUGAAAAUGUUCGGACUUUCGGACGUAUCAGGGUUCACAUCAAGCUUACUGGAAAAACAAUCUGAGAUGAAAAUACCUUUUAGAUGGGAAACUCACAAGCAAUUUAUUCCCUCACAUAUCAGCAGUGAUCGACCUCAGCAAAGGCACAGUCAAGAAGAUCAGUCCACGAUUGCAUGGUACGGAUGCGAAAAAAAGGGGGGGAAAACCUUUUAAUCAAUAUUUUAUUGAUCAGUUUGUGGGAUUUUGC